GAAAGGAUGCAGAUUGACCUGGCCCAGGAAAUCCCGGUGCCGAGUGAGCCCCCUUCCCCCGCGCAACGCCGGGAGCUGGAGGAGGGGGGAGAGAGCCCGACGAAGCGGCCGGCCACAUCCUCACGGGGGACAGUUGCCCUGGAUAUGCAAGACCUGGAAAGGCUACUUGCGCAGCACGCAGACCGCAUUCUGCAGGCGCAGCACGCUCACCUUGAAGCGAGGCUGGGGAGUCUCGAGGAGGUGUUGGCUGCUCGAGUCGGAGGUACGGAGACGCGCUUGGAUACGGUUGAGACAAAGGUGGAGAGCUUGGAGGCCAAGAUUGAGGAACUCACCAAGGAGCUGCGCGAAAAACCGGUACGAGGGCAAUUCGGACGAGGGGUGGAAGACAGGCGCUUGACGCUCAUCUUUGGCGGAUGGCCGAGGGAUUCACGACGGGGGGACAUACUUGCAGGUCUGGACAAAGCCCUGCAGGGGUUGCAGAUCAAGCACCUCCUUGACAACGAGGCCUUCUGCACGGGACCCAGGCGCUCCUCUGCUUUGGCCGUCUUCGAACAUAGACAAGGAGAGUCGGAUUAUCAGACCAAAAGAAGGCUUCACCAAGUGGUCCAAUGCAUCGCCGACAACGAGGUUAAGUUGCCGGGUGGCAGGAAGCUUUUCGCCACCUACGCCAAGACGAGGGAGGAGAGAGAGAUCGCCUCGCAUGCUGCCUGGCUCAAGCGAACCAUACUCCAUGUGGCACCAAGGAAAAUCGAUCUUUUGGACUUGGAAUAUGCGACCGGAGGAGGUUGGAUUGGACAAUCUUUCGUGGCUAGCGCCAAGGUACCGGUACCCCCUGGAUUGCAUCCCGAGGACAUGCUCUUUGACGAGGAUAAGGACAACAGGCCUUGGAUCUGGGUCUCGGGAAUCGCAAAGGAGCUGGGACUGCCGGCGGCCACCAUCAGGGCAAUUUUUCCGCUGAUCUCCUGGAACAUAGGGGGAGCCUCGGUUACCGAUCUCCCGCAGACGGUGGCAGAUGCAGUGGGCAACUUGCAGCAGGACGCACUUCUUUCCUUUCAAGAAUUAUCGCGAGAUGAGCCGGGAUGGCACACGGCCCAACACGGGCAGUGGACACUCCUUCAGCACAGACAAUUUGACGUUUGGAGGGGAACAGGGAUUGCUUUUCGUCCCGACCGGUGGCGCGUGAUGCGCAGAAAAGGGACAGAGCGGGGCCUUUGGCUUCGCCUUCGACAUGUGCAGGGGCUCGAGAUUUGGGCGGGCACGGCACAUUUCACGCCGGGCUGUACUCAGGCACAACAUGCCAAAGAAGUGGGGGAACACUUGACAGGACUGCCACCGACUGCGAUUCCGACCUUUCUCACUUGCGACAUCAACGCGGAGGUGGGAUGGGGCUUUGAUGACGAAGGGAUUUGCAGGGCUACAGGGAACAACGGUAAGACCCAGGAGUUCCUGGGACAGUGCUUGCAAAGGGGUUUGCGGCCGGUGCCGCCGCCGCCGGAGGACUUCAGAACACCGACGAGCCGACCGCGCCAGGCUAACCGCCGUGGGAAGCAGAUCGAUGGCAUCCUGUGCAACGCCGGCUCCCCCGGGCCACUUCGGAUUUUUCAGGGGUCUUGUUCGGCCAUAGGUACAGACCAUGAGCUUGUGGCGACCACGAUCACACUUCAUACAACUCGAGCAGGCACAAGGUUCAGCACGCAACCGAGGGUGUGGACAGGCGGGAUCGCCGACGUGGGGGAACUGACACAGGGAAGGCUUACCGAGCUGGCCAAGAAGCACACGGCGCCUCGGCGAGGGGUAGCAUACGUUGAUCCACCCGAAGUCAAGCAUGCAUUCCGAAGAGCCAAGCACGAGGGUGUCCCUAGGUUGUGGACUCAGGCGAGGGCUUUGCGAAAGAAGGCGAGAAGCCUUUGGGAACAGGAACGCCUUGAGCGUGCCACCAAAGGGGAUUGGGCAGAGGUCCGGAGACUUAAGCCGACCAAGCAUGUGGGAUGGGACAUUGAGUUUGCCGAAGCCAACCAGGACCAGGACCCGCAUGCUGUGGUACAUGAACACCUGCAGGGCAUCUACUCGACAGGACAAGUGCUGCCGCCAGCCUCCCCAUGA